CCCAUCAGUCGCAAACAUUAACUACCCUCUUCUCUAUCUAACUUUAAGCUCUCGGAAACGUAAACUGUCAGGAUGCUGCCAGCGCUGACCAUAUUACUGCUUGCGCAGUCGGUGAUUAUCCAAGGAAAACCACAAUUUGGCCUGAGUCAAAGUUACGGGCCUCCCCAACCUUCCCGUAAUUCACCACCAGCACCACCGCCGCCCCUACCCCCACCACCACCAACAUCCAGUUACGGCCCCCCGAUAGGGCCAGCACCGGCACCAGCUCCUAUAGUUCCGCCCAUUAACUUCCCUCCUGCGAACUUCCCUCCUGCAAACUUCCCUCCGCUGACGCCGUCCGUGCCCUCAAGCCUUUACGACCUCCCAGCUGGCGGGCCCAACGACGUCCCAGCCCAAGGAUGCAAUGCCCAGACCCAGUACUCGGUGGUCACGACGACCAGGUUCAUCCCCACCACGGUCAUCCAAACUCGAACGAGGGCGCUCCCCACGACCGUCUACUCUCAGAUCACACAGACGCAAUAUUACCCCUCAACAGUCGUCCAGCAACAGGUCGUCACUUCGGUAGUGCCACCCAUCAUCCAGACUCAAACCGAGAUCGUAAGCAACGUCCAGUACGUGACAAGGGCUCAAUACUUCACCGAGACAGCUUACAUCACCGAUACCCAGCUGCAGUACAUAACUCAGACACAAACCCAGUUCCAAACGGAGUACAGAACGCAAACGCAGACUCAAUUCCAGACUCAAACGCAGUUCCAAACUCAAUUCCAGACGGUCUUCCAGACCUCGACGCAGUUCCAAGUCAGCACGGCGACGCAAUUUUCGACGAACUACAUCACCCAAACAGUCACCUCCACGCAAUUCCAGAACCAGGUCAUCACCCAGACCUUCACCCAGACGCAAAACCAAGUCAUCACGCAAACCGUCACCAGCUAUCAAGUCCAAAACAACCCGGUGACGCAGACGCAGACUGUGCCACAGUAUAUAACGCAGACAGUGACGCAGACGCAGGCUCAGCAGGUUCCUCAGUUCUCUUACAUCACGCAGACCAUAACUUCCACGGUCGUCAGUCAGCAAGUCGUUACGCAGACUCAGAGAGUUCCGCAGUUCAUUACACAGACAGUCACCAGUACCGCUGUGAGGACGGUUCAAGCUUCCUGCGGAGGCGGAGGGGGAGGAGGAUACCAGUACCCGCAGCCAACCGUACCUGCCCCGGCGGCGCCUGCCGCCAUGUCUGGUUAUUAUUAACGCCUUCAAGUCAGCUUUAGAAACUAUGGCUGGUAAGUAACAUCUGGUCUCAUGCGCUCACUGUGACCGUCUCUGGAGGGGAGUUCGGGCUCAUACACGAUUGGCUAGUUGCAAGUUUUCGGACGAGGCCUCCACGAUGACCGAAAAGCUUGGACACCUGUCAAAGCUGAUGAUUUUCUGCAGACUUUUACGAUGAUGAAUCAUGAUUUUCCAGUCACUGUACGAUGGUUAAUGAGUUUUCAGACACUUCAAUGAUAAUGGGAGCGAGUUAUCGGACACCUUGUAAUGGCUGGUAUCUAGUAAACAAAGGGAGUUUCAACCUUCACUUGAUGGUUGGUUGCUUGUUCUCCAAAUGCUUACGGAAGGUAACAGGGUUGGUACUCGGAAAUCAAAGGAUAGCUAUACUCAACCAAGACAGGUCACCCACUCUAAAUGGUAGUGACUACUUAAGGAAACAGCUGAAAAGAUAUGGGUUUGAAGAUAACUACACACAAUAAAAAAAAACGAUGACUCUACUUCCAAUGAUAGUAAUUACAGAGAAAGUAAUAUCAAAUGGACGGAUAUUGAAAAGUUACCAUGUGAAGUGAGGUGUGUAUUCAAGAAAUUACAUUUAAAAUACAUCAUCGUAUCUCCAACGUCAAUACUAAGUGAGGAUUAUGGCAAAAGACAAGGGCAAUGAGGUCAAACUAACUAAAAACUACACUGAGUUAAGCAGGUUUAUGAAGCACAAGGCAAUUUCUCGAUUGCGUGACACAGAGCGAACCAGCCAUCGUUGGAUUAGAGCCUUUAGAAGAAAGUCCUCCCAUUUACGGAUCAAAGGUGAAUUUUGUAUCGCUUCAGUAGAAUUUUGACACUGCAGGUGUCCAGAACGCACACUGGCCGAGAUACGCUUCCUCAGUUAUCCUAGUUCUUAAGAUUUCAAACGGAUGUCGAUUUUCCCUUUUCACAAAUCUAGUUGAAACAUGUAAAUAGCGAAUAAUCCUAACGAAGAUUCCUCUCAUUUCCUUACGGAGUUUUCAGAUCACAUAUCUUUCAACAUUUACAGACUCGGAAACCGGUUGUUCCAGCUGAUACAAUGUUAUCAAAAAUCUUUUUACGUCAACUGUUAAAUGUUAUCCAUCUGCCAUAAUGUGCUUAGUAAUUAACGUAACAUACCGAAUCAGACGUACACAAUAAAGUAAUGACGGUUUCGCUUUGAAAACCUUAGUUUAUUGAAAAUCUAAAUACAGACUAUACCAUUACUAAGACAAAAAACAAGUUUUUAAUCGUUAACAGGAAAAGAAAAAUGAAUGCAGGUGAUACGGUAAUACUGAAUAUGUAAGGUAUAGCACCUUGUGCCAUAAGUAUUGAGAACAUUAAUCGCUGAAGAUUAAGAUUUCAGAAGAUAAAAGUAAAAAAGGUCAAAAGGAUUAUAUUAUUCGGAAGGUGAUUACCACAUUAUCAAUAUCCAUUAAUACAUGUGUACACAGGCAAUCCUUUCAAGAUUGCUAGACUCUUCAUUUCAGUUCUAGGAUUGUGAGAUUAAUGGUGGCCAUUAACAGUUCACAAUAUAUAUAUAUAUAUAU